AUGGCUGCUACUUCCAAUGCUCUGGAGAACAUGAUAGAGAAGAAUUUAGCAAUUCAAGGCCCAAAGAUAACUGUGUCUUGGGUACCAGCAGAGAGGGGGGAAUAUAAGAAGAAGAUCACAGACACAAUGUCUGUCAUCCCAAAGGACUGGAAGGAACAGGGGGUGUGGCUCAAGCAGGCAGAUAAGGUUGGCAAAAUGAGGGCUGAUGUGAUGAAAUUGUUGCUGGAGGAACUGCAAGCAUUCCGUUUGGUCAAUGAGGGGCGUGUGCUAUUCCUUGGCCUGCAUAUGCAGAUGUUGUGGGAGUUAUUGGCACCAGUGAUGGAGUGGAAGAGGUGUCAUUUAGGUGCCCCCAUUGGCAAUGCAAAUGAGGAUCUCCUGUUGGAGGCAUGGACCAAAGAAGACAACAAUGCUGGCCCAAUGCUGCCAGCAAUUGUGGCCUUGGAAGAAGAAGACAUUGAGACUGCUGGUGCUCUCCCUGGUGACUUGCAAGAGACCAAUCAGCUGGCUGGCAACUCUCAGAAGCAAGUCGCACUGGUUGCCAAGCUGCUCAUUGUUGGAACACUCCCUUGGGGCAGUAUUCUGGUGUCAGUACUUACGCCUGCAAGCACAGAAGUCAGGCCAUCUGCAACAAUUACUGAGAUGGAAGAAGAGGUUGUGGUGCAUGCAAGGGGGUGGAAAUGGAUGCAGAGCAAGAAGAGGUGA